AUGCGUCUUAUCAACGUGCAGAGCUACAGACUAGAAGCCUUCAAUGAGCAAGUGCCUCGAUACGCUAUACUGUCACAUACUUGGGGAAAUGAUCAGGACGAAGUAUCAUUUCACGAUCUUACUGGGGGGAAUGCCGAGUGUGCCAGUGCUAAGCCUUGGCCGAUCAAAUUCGAGGGGUGCUGCAAACAGGCAGCGAAGGAUGGCCUUGAUUAUGUAUGGAUCGACACCUGCUGCAUUGAUAAAACCAAUUCAGUGGAACUUGGUGAAGCCAUCAACUCCAUGUUUCGGUGGUAUAAGAAGGCGACAAUCUGUUAUGCCUAUCUUGCCGAUGUCACUGUUGGAACUGCUGAGAUCAAUCACCCGCAUGUGGAGUCUGAAUUCUCCACUAGUCGUUGGUUUUAUAGAGGCUGGACACUACAAGAACUCCUGGCACCUAAGAAUCUCGUGUUCUACAAUUAUAGGUGGACUAGUCUUGGUAGUAAAAGAGACCUAAAGAUGUUGCGACUAAUCGAGAAGGCAACUGGCAUUCCCCGUUUCUUUCUACGAGGGACAAAGGAAUUGAUAGAUGCGAGUAUCGCACAACGCAUGUCCUGGGCUUCGAGAAGGGAAACAAAGAGAAGGGAAGAUAUUGCCUACUGUCUUCUUGGGAUUUUCGAUAUUAUGAUGCCAAUGAUCUACGGCGAGGGUGAUCGCGCAUUCAUCCGCCUACAAGAAGAACUUAUUAAAAAAACCAGAGAUGACUCGAUUUUUGCAUGGGGCCUGGGAUCGACGGAACCUGCGUCCGCUGAUUCUAACGAUAUAAUCUCUGCGGGCGUAUUUGCAACCUCUCCAGCCGAUUUUAUUAACAGCGGCCAUAUUCUAUCGGGAAAGCGCGGGAUCAAGUCUACGGCAAUAUUAGUGGUUGAUGGCGGAUGUGUUCGAUCAAACCUCCCGCUUUAUACAGACUCCGUUGGCCAGCUAUUUGGACUGCUUAAUUGUGGCCCUGGGUUAAAUGGAAGUAAUAGGGUGGUGGUGGGAAUUCCACUCAGCUAUAGCCUAUCUGGCGAAUACAUUCGACCGGAAGGGCGUUGUUCACAAUUACUUUCGGUUCCUAACGCUGCCACCUCCGCUCGACAAAUUUAUAUCAAGACGGAGCGCCAACAAAAAACAACUAUAUUAUCCGGUUCUAGCACUUUUUUUGAGAUCGAGGAUCCUAGUGAAGCUGGUUUAAAGCUGAUCGAAGUAGAGCCACAAGAGUGCUGGUCAGAAGAAGAGUCUAUUAUUGCUAUAAGCAGCAAUCUUUCCCGAGAUACUGUACAGCAAUGUUGGAUACGAUUCCGUCCAGAAGAUGAAGGAUCCACUGACUUCCUUGUACUACUGGAGCCAGAGAUACCGGGAUCACCUGUGAAGGCUCAAUGUCAUAUCAUGACAUCCUCUCAAACUACUCUGCUGAAGGAUUUAAUUCAGUACUCGAGCAAUAUAAGACCAACGGCUUUUGGUAAGAAUAUUGCUAGAGAUAACUCGCGGAGUAUCCAGGUCACCUUGGAUCAAGACACUACAGCCGGGCAAAUGAUAUUUAUUCUUAAACUGGCUAAAACAACUACCUUGCCCAGUGUUACUGUGGAUGCAACGUUGGAGUUGGGACUCCAGGCGGCAAAGUUUGAGCGUGAUAAGGCAGCAAAAGCACAGGAUAAGCUUUCCCUAGGAAUAGGAGACCCGAAUUGGCAAAGAGGAACAGCAUAUACGCUGGAAUCCGUUGAAAAAAGUGUAGCUGGGUGGAUUCGAAAAUGGCCGGUUAAAUUGUUCAAGCAGGGCAAUAUUUCAGAUGGGGCGCCGCCCCAGCGCAGAUUAGCACCAAAAGUUGGCAUCGGCGCCUUCGUCCUCAACGAAGAGGGCAAAUGCCUUUUAGGCAAGAGAAAGUGCAACCCUGGCGCAGGUACAUGGGCUCUACCCGGUGGCCAUCUCCAAUUCGGCGAAAGUUUCGAGAACUGCGCUGAGCGGGAGGUCCUUGAAAAGACAGGCCUGUCCUUCCGCAAUGUGCAAUUUCUAACAGCUACCAAUAACAUCAUGGAGUGCGAGGGCAUUCAUUACAUGACAGUUUUUGUGAGCGGGAGUAUAUGUGGAGAGCCUAUAGAGCCUCAGUUGAUGGAGCCGGAGAAGUGUGACGCCUGGGAAUGGGUGGCUUGGGAGGAGAUUGUCGCGUUGGCUAAUGAUGCCAUGGCUGGAGAGGAUAAUGGAAAAGAGAAGCUGUUCUCAUCAUUGGUGAAUCUGGUGGAGCAGCGACCUGGUUUUAGCCCUUGUACGGCUCAUAGCGGCCUCGCAACAACUGGUCUUAUCGAUUUCCGCCGGCAGACAUGA